UAGUAGGCAAGCAAUUGCGCUCCGAUAUAGCGCGUUUUCUUGACUGGCCGUCCGAUGCUAAUGCUGCGGGCUUCGCACUCGGGCCCCGGUGCCGGAGCGCUGACACCCCAGACUGAUAGGAUGGACCAGACUAGUUGCGGCAUGGAUGAAGAUGCUGGCCAGGUUGAGGGUCCCCGGACCCUCGGAGUCUCUGGUCGCCGUGCAUCAGCCUACAAAAUCAGCCGUCGAAGUUCGACCGAGCUUGGAUUAAGAAGCUUCGACGGCGAAGAUGGUGCCCCCGCUGUAGCCGCAAGUCCCGACCCCAUGGAUUUGGAGGGGAUGGAGCCGCUAGCUACAGCUUUAGAGAGUUCUAAGUCUCGAGGUCUUCUCGAGGGAUCCGCAAGCAGCGAGAGUUCUCCCGAAGUCGCUCCGUCAAAUCCUCUGCUCUGUCUCACGGAGAGCCGCCAAGAUCGCGAACACUGGGAACAAGAAGAAAACGAAGAGAUUGAGACCCGGGCCGUGGCCACGUCCCCGGACGGUCGCUUUCUCAAGUUUGACAUCGAGAUUGGCCGCGGCUCCUUCAAGACUGUUUACAAAGGGCUAGACACGGAGACCACUGUGGAAGUGGCUUGGUGCGAGCUGCAGACACGGAAAUUAUCCAAAAUGGAAAGGCAACGUUUCAGUGAGGAGGUAGAGAUGCUGAAGGGACUCCAACACCCUAACAUUGUCCGUUUCUAUGACUCAUGGAAGUCUUCUAUCAAAGGACAAGUCUGCAUUGUGCUGGUGACAGAACUCAUGACGUCAGGCACACUUAAAACAUAUUUGAAACGAUUCAAGGAGAUGAAGAUGAAAGUUCUUCAGAGAUGGAGCAGACAGAUUCUUCGAGGACUCCAUUUUCUACACACACGAUCCCCCCCAAUAAUCCAUCGGGACCUGAAAUGUGAUAAUGUCUUUAUCACAGGCCCUACUGGCUCAGUCAAAAUUGGAGACCUUGGUUUGGCCACACUCAAGUGUGCUUCAUUUGCCAAGAGUGUCAUAGGAACCCCUGAAUUCAUGGCUCCAGAGAUGUAUGAGGAAAAGUAUGAUGAAGCAGUGGAUGUUUAUGCCUUUGGCAUGUGCAUGCUUGAAAUGGCAACCUCAGAAUACCCCUAUUCAGAAUGCCAGAAUGCAGCUCAGAUCUAUCGUAAGGUUACCUCGGGUAUGAAACCAAACAGUUUUCACAAGGUGAAGGUGCCUGAACUAAAGGAGAUAAUUGAGGGUUGUAUCCGAAUGAACAAAAAUGAAAGAUAUACCAUCCAGGAUCUUCUGGAUCACUCCUUCUUCCAUGAGGAUACAGGGGUCCAUGUUGAAUUAGCCGAAGAGGAUGAUGGUAUUAAGACCACUUUGAAGCUUUGGCUACGGAUGGAUGACACUAAAAAACUGCAUGGGAAGUACAAGGACAACAAUGCCUUGGAGUUUUACUUUGAGCUAUAUAAGGAUGUGGCUGAGGAAGUUGCUCAAGAAAUGGUGGUUCUAGGCUUUGUAUGUGAGGCAGACUACAAGCCAGUGGCAAAAGCAGUGCGAGAGCGAGUUCUUGCUAUCAAACGCCAGCGGGAGAAGACCAAACAAGCUCAGGAACAGCAGAAGCGCCAGGAGCAAUCUCUAGCAAUGACUCCUGAUAUCCUGCAUUUGCUGGACCUGGACUCCCCCUCGCCUCUCAGUCCUGUCCAGACCUCAAACCCCACCACACCAGGGUCUGCCGAUUCUGCCCUUGGAUCAACUUUUCCCACAGAGCCAGAAGAGCCAGAGGUUGAUCAGCACCAGCCAUUCCAGUUUCAUCCCAAUUAUUCCUCUACCACAUCUGAUUGUGAAACUGAUGGAUAUUUAAGUUCCUCUGGAUUUGUGGACUCGCCCGAAAAACUGAAGAGUCAUUCUAGCCCAAUAACUGUUUCAAGACAUUCUUUUGCUUCGACCAUUGCUGUGAGCCUGGAUCCUGUCUCUAUCAGUGACAUCUCUUCCCCCGUCGACAGUUACACAUCUGAUGUGGCCUCUGGCUUGAGUGAUGGCUAUGAGGGUCUCUCUGCAAGUGAGGAUAGAUCAAAGCCCUUGACCAAGCGAAGCUCUGGAAGGCUGGCUCGCCGUCGUGCCCGAUCUCGUCUGCGCAUUACUAAUAUGCCAAAUCAGAAUGAUCAAGUAGUUGAAUGUCAACUACAAACAUAUAAUAACAAGAUGGUCACCUUCAAAUUUGACCUGGAUGGAGACAAUCCUGAGGAAAUCGCAGCUGCCAUGGUUGCCAAGGAAUUUAUACUGAAAUCUGAACAGGAGCAAUUCAUCCAAGGAAUUCAUGAUAUUAUCCUGCGUGUAGAAGCACUACUCCAGAAGGAUAAGUUGAACAAAGAACAGGGGGCUCUGGGCAAGCCUGAUGUGCAAUGUAAAUCUCCUACUUCAGCUACUAACGCUCCCUCAGCCGAGCUGCCACUGCAAGACCUCUCAUGUUCCAUCUCCUCAUCAUCAUCUCUCAGUGAUUUUGGUUGCCUUAGCUCAGGACAGCCUGUGUCAUCACCUAUCCAUACUUCAGUGGUGGAUGCAAUUUCUGAGAAUGAUCCUUUCAGCCCCACCAUUCCCCCAACAACUACCCAAAACCUUGGGCAGCCACUGCUCUCAACUACAUCUGCAGGCAUCACCAGUACACCUGGACAAACUUGGCCAACCUACCAUAUGUAUCCAGGGACUCCUACAACUCCCUCUUACUUUGUCCCCAUUCCUCAACCAAUUUCUCUGCCAAAUUCUGUUCUCCCCACAUUACCCCUUGCCAAUUCCACUGCCCCAUCCAUUGGCACCGCUGUGCAUGCACCACCUAUCCCAAUGUGGUCUACCUCUACUUCCCCUUUGUUCUCCUUCGCCAAUGUCUUCUCUCUGGCUAUGAUGAGUAUGGCCCAGUCAUUUCUCCCAGCAGUAUCUGUAGGGACUGCCCAGACAGGGCCUCUCUAUACCUCGCCACUCCCACAGCCACCAGUUCUGUGUCCACCAAGCCCAACUACCGUACGUUUUAUCUAUCCUGAGCUGGGGUCUUCCCCAAAACCAGCCCACUUUGUCAAUGGAAUGUUGGGGUCAGUGGUGUCUCCAGGCUGUAAGCCAACUCCAGUCCCCGUGGUUGCUGGGAACCAUCCAGUACCUCCUGUUUCUUCAUGGUCUGGAACAGAAUUAACCGUAUCAGAUCAGUCUACCUCCAAUGGUUCCCCUGCUGAACACACAACUGUCAGUGAAGGAGAGACCAAGCCACAAAUCCUGGGCCGUUUCCAGGUGACACCCACACGGAAUAUCCCAUCAGAAUCCCCCCCCAAAGACAAUGGACCCGAUAUCUCGAGUACUUCUGAAUCUGAUAGUGGAUCUCCUGGUGAAACACCUGUGCAGGAAGGCGAGGAGGGCACUACUCCUGUGGCAGAAGGAGAGGGCGAAGGAGAGUUGCCACAUGGCAAUACUGUUUGGAUGAAUUUUAUGCACAUCCCUUCCUGCCCCAGCAGCGAUGAUUCAGAUAACACAGAAGAUGAUGACGUCUGGGUUGAACUACAAGCCUUGCGUCAGAAGCAUCUUUCUGAAGUAGAAAAGCUUCAGGCCCAACAAAAACAAGAAAUAGAGGAGCUUUAUGCCCGCCUUGGCAAGGUGCCACCUGCUGGAAUUGUAUCACCUGCCACCAUACUCUCCAGUCGCCAACGCCGCCUCUCUAAGGGCAGCUCCAAUACCCUGAGGCGCAGCAGCCUACAGCGCCCAGACACAACGCAGCCACAAGGGAUCAUGAGGAGAAAUUCUGUGGGUGGCAGCAACCUUGCCUCCCAGGAACAGCGACAAAGUAAAGGCGUGAAGUUUGCUAGUGAUAUUGGAUGUCUGUAACCAGACCAUUGGAGGAUGCUUUUGUGGAUUCUACCUCAACCUGGUGCCCACCCUCAAAAGGAUGGAAUGAAAGGGCCUUUUGCAACCUAUGCCUUUUGCCCUGUUUAUAAGGGCUGUCACUAUUAUUUAGUAUGGCAAAGAUAUUUUGAGAAAAAAGGAACAGAAUUGAUGCUCCUGAGAAUUGUAUCUGUACCAAACAAAUAAGGAUGACCAUACUUCAGUGCUACUGAAUUUUUCUUUAUAAGCUUUGGAUAUGCAAAGGGAUGUCAAGCCCCUGCAAUUUGGGAGGAUUUCUCAUGAAAAUGUCAGGAUGUGCGUGCUUUUCUGCUGCUUCUCUCUUAUUAAAGAAUGCAACUAAAAUAGAAGCAAAGUGUGCUCUAUGAGCUCUUUCAUGCUCUGGAGUGGAAUCCUUAUGCUUCAAGCUUUAUUGACUAUGUGCCUUGAUAAGAGGGAGAUCAGGGCCUAGAGAAGGAUCUUACUUGCUCUCCUUAAUUACGAAAACCACCUGAGGCUUCUCUUUAAGCAGCUGUCUUAUGGGAGAUGAAUAUGCCUUAGCCUUAAAGGUCCUCUGCUCAUUAAUUCAGCUGCAAGUUUAGCCCUAAAAGCAGUGACAGUCUCCUUUGCACUUUUGGAAAUUUUUGCCUUGAUUAAGGUUCAACUUUUUUUUUUUACAAAGGUAUCUGCACUUUGAAGUGAAAGCCUUGUACAUGAGAUUUUGUACAUCUACCAUAAUAUAUAAAGGCGGGCUUUGAAAGGAAAUAUGAUAUUGCAUAAAGCAGCACCAACCUGGCCGAAAUAAAAAAAAUGUGAACAAUUAAAAUAAACAUAAUUCAGACAAAAACAGUCUAGAUUCUUUGACCCUUUUUUCCCCUGUCUUCCCUAUACAAUAUUUAUUACUAUAUUCUGAGCUCCCUAUUGAGGUUGUGUUCAGACUAAGAGCUUUUAGAAAGCUAUUCUUUUUUCUUCCAUAAUCUUUUUAGAUUCAAAUAUUGAGAAGCAGGGUUAGUGAAAAAACAAGUGUUGCAAGUAGGAAAUAAUUGACUCCUCCCUCCUCCCAAGUAUUGAUGUUAAUAAGGCAAGCAGUAGCACAAUAAAGGCUUUAUUAGGAGGCUAACCCACUGGAGGGCAGGAUCCAGAAGGUGUUUUGAAUCCCCCGCUCACUAAACAAGGAAUGCUGCAUUCCUGUAUUGAGAUGAUCCCACCUACUAAGUCCUCUCUUGACUUCCAAUGUUCUGCACACCAGCAUUAAUGCUACAGUGCUUUUGGCAGAGCCCCCGCCCCCCCCCCCCCAAAUUGCUAUUUGAAGACUUCUAGCCACAGAAUCUAGUCUUCCAUUUCCUUGGUGCUAUAGAUAGAUAAAUGUGCACAAAAGCAGCAAAUUUAUGGUAAUAGUUGAGUAAGUAUAGAUGAAUUCACCUCCAUUGUCAUCAGUAGAACUUCCAGGGGAAUAAAAUGGGCCAGUAAAAGAGAAAGAACAAUGCAUACAAUGCCUCUCUUCACAAGCUGAGAAAGCAUUGUAUUCUACUUUUUCUUACAUCUCCAGUAAAAUUGUUUUAAUAGUAAACAUCUUUGAUGCAAAAGGCAUAUUCCACAGUAAAAGAAAUGUAUUUAUAAAAACUGCCAUAGCUGGAAUAUACCAAAGAGGAACAAUAUUAUGAUCAAAACUCUUUAGAAGGAAAGGAGAGGAUCUAACAGAAACAACAAAGCAAAUGGAUGAAAUUGGCAAUGGAUGAAAGCAACAAGCAGGAACUGUCACACAUUUCAACUAUCUGAGUCAUUUACUCUCCAAUAAUUCUGGUGUACCUGAUUUUUUUUUGGGGGGGGGGACUACUCAUGCCAAGUAUGUAGUUCUUCUGAAAAUAGUUUAUUCUUGUAUUCCACUUUUGAAGAACAAAAGUGAUGGAGUACUAUUGAGCUCAAUCCUGCUUCUUUGGUUCAUACAAAAUAUACUCUAAGUAGUAGUAUUAAAAGGUUAAGUUAUAAUUGCCUUAAUUAGCUCUGAUCACUAGACCUGAGAAUAUUCUAGAAUCACUUCUAAUAAGAGGGGGAAAUCCUGCUGCUAAAAUCUGAAUUACAAACAAAGAGCAUAGGACACAUUUUCUAUUAAAGAAAAAUAUCCUUUCUUUGAGCUUUAAAGAAAUAUGCAUUUGAUAAAUACCUUGGCUGGCUUCUAGUCAAUUGCUGGUUUAAUGAUUCACUUACUCCAAAUAUAUAAGAAACAAUAAGAGCAACAAUACAGUUGACAAAGUAGCACAUCAAAAAGUUUAUGGCCUGGAAAUUCUUGCCAAAGCCUGCAAGAAUUCUGCUUAAUAGAAAACCUCAACAAUUCAGGGGUAGGGACCUGUGCAAUAAGAAUCUUUUUUUUUGUCAUUUGAAGGAGAAAAAAAGUACAGGCACACUUAAAUACUAAAUGUCAAGU